AUGGUGAUUCUGAUGACAUGCAAUAUAAAGAUAAGCAUGGAAAUAGAUGUGGGAGUUCAAGUCAUUGGUCUCCUCAGGAAGUUAGACACGGAUGGAACUGCAGUCCUAGACGAAGGCUCCAAGAACAAUUCUCCACGCUAUUCUCCGCUGAAGUCUUUUAGGCAUAAUAAUAAAUUUUCAAGGAGAGAUAAGGAGGAACAUUCUGAAUGUUUCAAUUUUGUUCAAGGCCGAUGCAUAUGUGGAGCAUCUUGUCAUUUUCUCCAUCCCACCCUUGGUAUCACUCGCACUAGGACAAUGCAUAAAAUUCAUCAGGAUCCUAGUCGACAAUUUUCCACCUUCAAUGUGCACGGCCAUGCUUCAGAUCUAGAGACAGAUAAUUCUGCAAGAAAAAAGGGUAGACAGGAAUUUGACAAGCUUCUGCAAGAGGAAAUUUAUACCAAACCUACUGAGUUGAACGUCAGUACUGCUAAAUAUACGGUUUCACCAGGUUCAGUGAGAGAAAAUGGACAAUCAAGAGAAGUCAAUGAUGAUGUUAAACAAGAGGAUACCGAUCAGCACUUCUUUGAUAGAAGUCCUCAAUUGGACACACAACAUGUGGGAAAAUUGUCAGAAACAUUUGAUCCUAGUGGUGGAGAUGGAGAAGAAAUAUUAAUUGAAUCUGACAGUUCUAAGCAGGUGAAGAACAUCACAUUUCAGUCUUCACCUUCUGCUCUAUUCAAGAAGUUUGAUAAUAAUCCUCUGGGACAAAAUGAACAAGUUCCACAACAAAGCCCCUCAAAUAAAUCAUACGAAAAACAGGUUGCUGCAAUUUCAGAUGAAUUUCUACAUCAGAAAGGUGUUAAAGUUGCCAAAUCCUUUGGUCCAGAUAGCUCUGAGUUGAUUCAGUUGAAAUCUCUUGUUCAGGGGCAUAUUCCUUUCAUUAACCCUACUAAUAAUGUGAGUCCACCAUUAGCGUCACAGCAAUCUGCACCAAGUCUGAUUGCAGCUUCAGUCAGUCAAUCAAGCCUUCAGAAUCAGAUGGCCUGCUUCAUAGUCAAUAUCAAAUAGCCGAUGAACAAUAUUCUCAAUAUUCAAACUCAAAAUGCCAUGGGCUCAGACUUCCACAUUCCAACUAUUUCUCAAGCAAAUGAAUUUCCGACAAGGCCUUCCAGUUCUUUAAUGGAUUAUUCUCAAUUGUAUCAACAAAAUGCGUUUCCACCUAGAAAUGACUUUGCUCAGUCCUCAUUGAUGCCUCUUUUGCAACGGGAGUUUAGUCAUCCACAAUCAGUUGACUUUAGCUAUCGUCCUUUAUAUCAUCCAGAAUCAUCUCGUCUACCUCCAAUAUGCUUAAAUAAAUACAAACACAACGUACCUGUGGGCGCUCCUCAGGAUAUACCAUUCCAUCAUGAAACCCAGCUUCUGGGCCAAGAAGGUGAAAUCUUGGAUGCACAGCAGAGAGAACAUCACAUCCACCACAAGUCUUUUGUUCACGAAGAUAUUCAAAUUCCAUCAUCAGGCCUAGUACCUAGCUCAUUUUAUCAUGGAACUCCUGUUCAUCUUAGGUCAUUACUAUUAGCAGGGGAAUCCUUUUCUAAUGUGCACUCUGUACCAGGGGAGCUUUGCAACCAAGGCUUCUUCCUAAGCAAGAUUUUUCCUCUGUCAAGGAUCUGCCUUAUUCCAACCAUGAGAUAUCCUUUGCUUGGCCACAUGACACAAGCAGUCAUUUUCCCUCAGUGCCUACUGGUCACAGCUUGGUUGAUCCCUUCGUACAGAAAAUCCUACCAGAAACUGAUCUGCCAACUCAAAUAUCUAGCAUUACCAUGCUUAAGAUGCCUAUCUCAAUGCACCAUAACCCGUUUGCCUCAACUUUUGAACAGAGGCCUGCAACUACAAGAUUAGGCUAUGAUGCUUCUGAUUUAGGGCCAAGACUAAAACCUUCACUACCAAAUUUCAGAUUGUCGGAGGAGCAGAGUUCACCAAGUAUACUAGUUACACUCUUGAAACUUCAGGAGUUCCAGCUCAUUUCCCAAGGAAAUCUGUCAGUGAGCUAGCAGGAGAUACCUUGUAUGAUCCAUUAUUUGAUAGCAUUGAACCUUCUGGCAUACUCAAGAAGUUAGUUCAUCCUCAGAAAGGGCAAUCUUCUACUGAUGUCAGUUCAAUAUUGAAAUUCAGUAGCUUGUCCACUGCUGCAGAUGCUCGACACAACAUUGAGGAUAGAAGGAUUGGGGCUAGUGAACUGAAGUCAGUAGUUGAUGACUUCAUUGAGGCGGCAACUUAUGCUGAAGUGGGGGUUGUGGAGAAUGCCCUCAGCUGAUCAAUGAAAAAGAUUGGAGUCCUGACAAUCUGGCUAAUACUGGUGCUGGGGAAAUUGAUACUGAUUAGGUUCAUUCACCUGGGAAGAAAGUUAAGUCUAAGGACUCAAGAUCGAUGAAGCUUUUUAAGAUUGCACUUGCAGAGUUUGUCAAGGAAGUCUUGAAGCCAUCAUGGAGACAGGGUAAUAUGAGCAAAGAAGCAUUCAAAACAAUUGUAAAGAAGACUGUGGAUAAAGUGUCUAGAUCAGUGGCCACCCGUCAGAUUCCUAAAACACAGGCAAAGAUUGACCAAUAUGUUGAAUCAUCCCAGAGAAAGCUGACCAAGCUGGUUAUGAUUCCUAAAUGGAAAUAUAAGAAUAUGCCGAUUUGGCACGGGCUAUGUUGACAAGUAUGUUAAGAUGUAAAUGAUCACCAUUUUAUUACAAGUUCUUUAUGAAUCAGAGGAUCUUGCUGCGGCAGGAAUAAAAUGGACCACUCCCAAUGAGAGAUAUCAGAUGGCGAGGCGAGACCAUAAUAUCUUGGGAGCAUCUGGAGUAAUAUGAUGGCCAUACUCUCCUUGCAAGGGGAGGCUAUGGUUGAGACCCCUAGAGCAUGUCUUUACCCUCUCUGUUUUGGCUUGUGUAUGUGUUUCUUCAAAAAUACUUUAGUGAUCCUCCAUGGCUCAAACAGAGAGAGUUUCAAACAGAGAACAUCGAUGAUAAGUGGAGACCGAUGAAGAUGAGAGCGGCCCAGUUGGAUGCAAAGACUAGAAUUCCCUGAAAUGGUUGGGAGGACAUUUGCUAACGGUGAUUCGUUGCUGAUAUUGCAGGAUUUGGAAACACAAUGGAAAAGUUGCCUCAGAUAGGAUUUGAAUCAUGGAAUAUGAUUGUGAGUUUGAGAAUGUGAAAGUAUUUAUACAUAUUUCAUAAAGUUAUUAUAUAAUUUACUAUUUUUAUGUACAAAAUUAGACUGUAUCAGCCCCAGUGGAUAUACUGAUCAAAUAGUAUGCCGUAAUCACUCAA